UUGCAUCACUCUCUGACCUUGACUCUCAUCGUCAGUCAGCACAUCCAGAUACACACUUUUGCCACAUCUGUGGUGAACUGUUCGGUAAGGCCAUUCACCUAGAAUCGCACGUGACAGCGACACACGGAAAAGGCAUCUGCUUCUAUUGCACACUUUGCCUGAGGGUUUUUUUGGGUGAGGAAUCCUUCAAGGAGCACAAAGCGCAGUGUGGUGUUGUCUGUGCUACAUCCAAGCGCAAAAGGCGAGAGUUUAUCUGCUCCCAUUGUUCUUUCAUCACUGAUUCUUACUCCCAACUGUGUGACCAUGUGGUUGAGAAGCACCCCAAUGUUUCAGUGCAUCAGUGUGAAUCUUGUCAGAGACCUUUCCUCCAUAGUGCCAUGCUUGAGCAUCACCGCAAGACUGUGCACGAUAAUACAGAUCCAGUCGACAGCCAAGAGAAUCGGCAAGAACUCAAUGACACGUCUCUAUCCAUGCACAUUCUGUGAUCGUGUGUUUAAAAGCUACCAAGGCAUCCGGGCGCACACAAACAUUCACAAAAACCUGCGGCCAUUUGAGUGCCGCAAAUGUGGCGCCUCACUGACGUCACUGAAUAACCUUAAAGCGCACAUGGUCGCUAUUCAUGGCAGCCCUGGUGACAACGCAAAGUGUCCUCACUGCCCUAAGGUAUUCAAGCUAAAGCGCUCCCUGAGCAUACACAUGCGCGCCAUUCACAGCCAGCAAGGUCGUCGGCAGUGUGAGCUCUGUGGCAAGUGGCUAUCCACUGAGCGAAAGUUGCAGCGUCACGUAGCCUUGACACAUUAUGGGGACUCUGUCGAUGCACAAGACACUGCGUUUUCUCUGCUGCGGCUUCUCAAAUGCAAUCACUGUGACUUCCAGAGCUUUAGCUACUCGCGGCUCGCAAGGCACAGGGUGACACACACAGGAGUGUACCCCCAUCAAUGCCCUGAGUGCAACAAACAGUUUGUGUUCCGUGAUCAGCUGACACGGCAUGUGCAAAGCGUGCACCGUAAGGUCCGGCUCACCUGCCAGCAAUGUCCGCGCCUGUUCUUCUCCGAGAAGCUCUUUCAGCAGCACCUCGACGCACAUCGGCUGGGUCAAGGGUUCCCUUGCACCAUGUGCAACAACUUCUACGAAACAAAGGCAGCACUGGACCACCACAGCCAAAGCCAUGAAGCAGGUCUACCUUUUCAGUGUGAACUGUGCCAGAAACGGUUUAAGCACUCACAGGGUCUUUCCAUUCAUCGGAGGUACUGGCACAACCAGGAGUCAAGGUCGUCAAGCCGCUGGAGGAGCGGAGACCACACGUGGCGACACAGCUGUGACGUCUGCCGCAUUCGCUUCAAGUACCAGAGCAGCCUGGCCGCUCACAGGCUGAACCGGCACACUGACACUGAGCGACUCACUUGCCCCUACUGCAGCCGCAGGUUCAACUCGUUGAGCGUUUUGGCUCUGCACAUUCGCUCGCACACAGGCGAAAAACCUCACGUGUGUCCGCACUGCAGCAAGGCGUUCAGCAUACCGACCAACCUCAAGAACCACAUCAUCACACAGCACACAAAGGAGUUCAAGUUCUUCUGUCCGCUCUGCUCCAAAGGUGCAGUCAGCCAAAUAAAACUGCGGCAGCAUUUGCUCCAGUCACACAAAGCCACAAAUGACUCCUCAAGCAAGUACAAGAGAGCAGUGACGACGACAGAACAGGACACGCCAGAUAUGAAUGACUUUCCCAUUUCUCAAGUGGCUGUGGAAGACGCGGUCUCCAUUUUGUCACAGAUCUUCAUGUGAACAAAGAGCCGGUUUUAAACAUUGUUUCGCUGUAUUAACACAACAAAGCGACUUCUGCAAGGAGUAGUAAUUGAAGUCCUACAUUAUGAUGUAAAUGCUGUUGCUGCAUAGAGAAACGAUAGUAAUGGUCAGUUGUAUGCUUCUAUAAAGAAAGAAGUAAGAAGCAUGACAUACGUUUGAAUGAUUUCCAAUCGCUGACAUCAUGUGAGAACACAUAGUUUAAAAUUAUUUUUCAAAUGUGAAUGGUAUUUUAUGUUUUUAUUGAUGUGCAGGUAAAUUGCAUAAAUUAAGUUUUGGUUUCUGUUUCUUUAAGCAUAGUUGUUAUUGUGUAUGUAUGUUGUAGUUUAUGUUGGAUAGAGGUUCACGCAAGUGCUUAUUGUAUGCACCAGUAAACACCUGUUGCCAGAUGCACUUUUCUAUACCUUUGUCGUUUUCGUCAGCUCCCUUCAUACCUUUAUAAAUUUAUCUCUAGAAAGAUAGACAGACAUGAUGUAACCAUAAAAUACAUUCUACAGCAGCACAAGUGAGAAAUAAUAUGUUCUCUAAAACGAGCUUUGUCAAAUUUACAGAAUUGAUGCUUCAUGCAAGAACUAUUAAACAUUCUCUGACAUUAAUUCUGUACAUCCACAUCUAACACUAUGCCUUCUACUUCUUUUAUUAGCCUUAGCUUGUUUUCAAACAAUGAGCAUCAAUGUUGCUUCCAUUUUACUUUUUAAUGCUGCAAUCCUAGUCCCUACAGAUUUUGCUUGAAGUGCCUUUAUAAACAUCACAUUCAAGUUUCAGUGCACUGAAGAAACUAAGUGUAUACAAGGUUAAUUAAAGAUAUUGUUCCUGGACAAGAUGUACCCAAAAGAAUCCUAUUCUUUCUCUACAUAUUUUUAGUGUAGUGUUUUCACAUUAUGAACACUGUACACUUUUUUUUUUAUUGUCCUUUCAGGAAGUGUAUGGAAGAGAUAACUUGUCAAUAAAACCAAGCUUCACAGAAA